AUCGGUACAUUUUUGUAUGUGUUGCAGAUUUUAUUCGUUUCUUUUUUUGCGGUUGUCAUCGAGUAAUUUCCGGUACCAGCGGAUACUUUAUUAGUUUUACAGUCUACUGACCGAGGGGGACCUUUUUCGCUGUUUGUGUCUCGUGUCGUGACCACUGACUCUCCAUCGAUCUAUAAAUGAACAAAUAUGUGAUCCAUUUUCAGCUCCUUUUUUUGCACUUCAAAAGUGCAAGUCCGUUUAUAUACCGAAGCAAAUCCAUAUCUGUUUGUUUUUUCUUGUUGCCUCCAUGGUGCGUCCUGUAUGCAUGUGUUUCAGUUUCUCUCCCCCUCUCUGUGUCUCUAGUGGAGGGACCCACUCCAAAGUGGUGCUGGUGGCAGCAGAUGGAAAGGUCCUGGCUGAGACCGACGGCCCGUCCACUAACCACUGGCUGGUUGGGGUGGAUAAAUGCAUUGAAACCAUCAACGACAUGGUCCAAAGAGCCAAGAUGAAGGCAGGGCUGGAUCCAAACACGCCACUGUGCUCGCUGGGCAUGUCUCUGAGCGGAGGGGAGCAGAAAGCGGCCAUCGACAAGCUGAUCGCCGACAUGAAGCAACGUUUCCCCGCUCUCAGCCGCCACUACUUCAUCACCACGGAUGCAAUCGGCGCCAUGGCGACUGCCAGCGAUCGAGGAGGCGUCGUGCUGAUAUCAGGGACCGGCUCCAACUGCAAGUUAGUCAAUCCCGACGGCUCACAGGUCGGCUGUGGAGGCUGGGGUCACAUGAUGGGUGACGAAGGAGGAGCGUUCUGGAUCGCUCAUUUGGCGGUGAAGACGGUGUUCGAUGCCAAGGACAACCUGGUCGCUCCUCCUCAUGACGUGACGCAUGUCAGGAAGGCCAUGGAGGAGUACUUCCAGGUGUCAAAUCUGAUGGGCAUGCUGCCGCACCUCUACAGAAACUUCCAGAAGUCCCACUUUGCCGGUUUCUGCCAAAAGCUGGCUGAAGGCGCAAAAGAGGACGCUCUCUGUCAGCAUGUGUUCACUCAGGCUGGGAGGGUGCUGGCGAAGCACGUAGAAGCAGUUUUACCAGCAGCACAGGAGCCUCUACUGAGUAGUGACCUUGGCCUCCCCGUCCUGUGUGUGGGCUCAGUCUGGAAGAGCUGGGAGCUUCUGAAACCGGGGUUCACGGAGUUCUUGGAUGAAGUGGCAUCAUCUGACAAGUUCAAGGGCCGUUUCCGUGGCUACAGCCUCCUGGCUCUGCAGCAGUCCUCGGCCCUCGGCGGCGCUAGUCUGGGGGCUCGGAGUAUUGACGAAACCUUAACUAUGGAUUACGGUGCUAAUGCCAAAGUCUUCUACCGACACACCUUUAACAGCAUCCAAUGAGAGAUCUUAACCAAUCAGUGUUCAGCAAAAAGGGAAAUCAUAUUGUCCGAUAUCUAGUUAUUAGCAUCCUUGCUAAUAGUACUUACUAUGAAGAUGAUGAUAAUAAUGAUUGUGUAAUAAUGAUGUCGCACUUGAUUUAACCUCACUCCAGGAUACCAGGUUGUCGGGACCAGCGGAGCUUCAGGUGGUUGAAAAUAUUCCAUAUAGAGGCUAUUUUGAAAAAUUUAAUUGAUUCAUUUUUCUGUAAUUGUAAAUCUUUGCACUUUUGCAACACUUCUUUACAUUUUAUUUAUAAUUUUUUUUAAAGACUGAUAUAUGUGUACAGAAAAAUCA